AUGGAAGAAACAUUUUUUAUGAGUUAUCCUACAUGCCAACUUAGUUGGCUCAAUUUGGUACAUGCCGAAAUUAUUUCGGUGACUAGUGCAAUGAGAAAGAAUUCGCGAUGGUCUGGCAUGAGCGUGAGUCGGUUGAACAUGGGUGGUUUGGGAAUGAGUAUGGGUCUUAGGGGAAGAACUGCUGUGGCAGAAGAUACGUUUAGAAGCCAGGAAAGUCCUCUCAUGACCGGGUUUUCUAAUUUAAGAAUUCAAUUGUCAAAUAUAUCUGACGUCCGUGAAAUUGAUGCACUUGCUUUACUGGAGCCUUUUUUAGAAGUGAUUAGAUCUGGUGACACAAAUGGCCCGAUUACAGCAACAGCAUUGAGUAGUGUAGAGAAAUUUUUAGCUUAUAAAAUUAUCAACAUAAAUUCACCGAAUCUUUCUGUUGCAAUGUCGAAUCUUUCAUCCGCGGCUACUCAUUGCAAAUUUGAAGCGAGUGAUCCAGUAUCUGAUGAAUUUGUGCUAUUAAAAAUUUUGCAAGUACUACGAUUGGCACUUACCAGUGAAGUAGGACAAGUGUUAAGUGAUGAAGCGUUGUGUGAGAUGAUGGAAACUGGGUUGAGUAUGUGUUGUCAGAUGCGUUUAAGUGAAUUGCUUCGAAGAUCAGCAGAACACACAAUGAUUGUAAUGGUGCAAACGAUGUUUGAGAGAGUUCAAGAUGAUGGGAAUUCAGAAGAUUCCGAUUUAAAACUUUUCGGAAUACUUUCCAUCAAAGAACUACUUCGAGUCUUAAUUUCUUUACUUGAUCCUCAUGAUCAUAAACACACAGACACGAUGCGACUUAUGGCUUUAAGUAUUUUAAAUGUAGCUUUUGAGGUUGGAGGUCAUAAAAUUGGCCGAUUCCAACCUUUAAGAGAACUUGUAAUAGACGAUUUGUGUAAAUUCUUAUUUCAGCUCGCAAGAACAGAAAAUAUAUUAUUAUUGCUUUUCACACUUCGUGUUAUCUCAACGGUUUUUGAUACAAUGCGUCCAUAUCUCAAACUGCAAGGAGAACUUUACUUAUCAUUUCUCAUAGAAAGAUUAAUAUCCCCGACGAAUAACAUGAGAAAUCUUGAAAUCAGUUCGGAAUUUAGUAGUUCUUUUGUUAGUCUCGAUUCACCACUUUCUUCGGGAAUGUCGACUCCACUGUCUGAAAAGACUGUACGUCCAAACGGGGAGUCCUCGAUUGCUACGGGGGAGGUCCGAGAACUUUUAUUGGAGUCGUUAGGUCAAUUUUCUCGAACACCUACAUUUAUGGUUGACUUAUGGGUGAAUUAUGACUGCAAUCUUUAUUGCGGCGAUUUAUUUGAAGAUGUGGUCAAAUUCUUAAGUCGGAAUUCCUUGCCUGAUUCAACUGGAUAUUCAGCUAGUAAUUCCCAUAUUCUUUGUUUAGAUGCUCUUUUAUUAUAUAUCAAUUAUACAGUAGAUCGCAUACAGACAGGGAAAAAUGGAAAUAAUUCGUUGAUCUCAAAAAAAUCAUGGGAUCAAAUGUCCGCCACUGAUUAUAACGAUGGAAUAAGACCUUCGGAAUAUCUUUCUCCGAUAGAACUUUUAGAUCGAAAAAAACAAAAACAAAUCUUAAUCGAAGGUGCUUCGAAAUUUAACGAAAAUCCCAAAGCUGGUCUGGAGUUUCUUGAAGCUAAUGGCAUAAUUAACGAUUCUACAACGGACAAAAAUACCAGCAUUGCUUCCUUUCUCAAAGCAACUCCUCGUAUCAAUAAGAAACAUCUUGGUGAUUUUAUUUCUAAACCUUCAAAUAUCGAUAUCCUUAAAGCUUUUGUGGAACUAUUUGACUUUAGUGGGAAACGUAUGGAUGAAGCUUUGCGAGAGAUGCUAGAGACAUUUCGAUUACCUGGUGAAGCUCAACAAAUUUCUAGAAUAAUGGAAGUUUUCGCAGAGACGUAUUUUGCUUCCGGACCUUCGGAAAUCGCAUCACGAGAUGCUGCCUUUAUUUUAUCGUAUUCGGUCAUUAUGUUAAAUACAGAUUUACAUAAUCCUCAAGUUCGCCGUAGAAUGACACUUGAGGAUUAUAUGAAAAAUCUUCGCAAUGAAAAUAAUGGCGAAAAUUUUCCCCCAGAAUAUUUGCAAGCAAUCUACGAGGCUAUUCGAAAAAAAGAAAUUGUUAUGCCUGAAGAGCAUGAAGGACAGUUAGGCUUCAAUUAUGCUUGGAAAGAAUUAUUGCGCAGAGCAGAGAGUGCUGGCGCAUUAAUAGUAUGUGAUAUAUCCUUGUAUGACAAAGAUAUGUUUAUGGUUGCAUGGAAACCUAUAGUAGCAGCAAUUAUUUAUGCUUUUAAUUCUGCGCCGGAUGAUAAUAUACUUCAGAAAGCCAUAACUGGAUUUCAUCAAUGCGCGUUGAUUUCGGCGCAUUAUCAUUUAUUAGAUGUUUUUGAUUAUAUUAUAAUGUCACUUGCCAAAUUGACCGGCUUACUUGAAGUCAGAUAUGCAAAUGCAAAUGGAAAUGCAAAUAUUCCCGUAAAAGUUCAAGAUACAGAGUUAACAGUUAGUGAUCUUUCCAUACAAUUUGGACGGAAUUAUAAAGGACAAUUGGCAGCAGUCGUGUUAUUUGCGGUUGCUAAUGAGCAUGGAAAUGUGCUAAGGGAAGGAUGGAAAUAUAUUUUAGAGAUAUUCAAAAAUCUCUUUAUUAAUUCGCUAUUGCCAAGUUCAAUGCUUCAAGUUGAAGAUUUUUUGGCUGGAAAAACCACAAUUCCAUUAAAACCUAAAAACGCUUCAUUAACAAAACAGGAAAGAAAUCGCGAUAAUUCUUUGCUGUCCACUCUUUCUUCAUAUUUGUUAUCACCGUACUCUAGCAAUUAUGAGUAUUUACGAAAUGAACCCACCGAAGAAGAGAUUGAAUUUACCAUGUGUACAACUGAUUGUGUUGUGGUUUGUCGAUUGGAAGAUCUUUUUGCAGACAUUAGACUUUUGGAGGAGGAUUCUCUCGAGCAUCUUAUGAAUGCAAUUAAAUUUAUUGCUGAUGGAUUUUUGACUAGUGACCCAAAGAAUCUGCAACGAUCUUCAACUCCUGUGUCCAUUACGCAACCUACAUCAAAAACUACUACACAAACAACUGGUGCCCUGAUACCUUACGAUCCAGCCGCGAUAUUUUUUCUGGAACUUAUGAUUAAUGUUACAUUACAAAAUCGUGAUCGCAUUAAGCCAAUUAUAUUCGAACAUAUUUCCGAUAUUCUAAUUAAUUCACAAAAUCAUAGCAUUCUUUUGGUUGAAAGAACUGUUGUUGCGCUUUUAAGAUUGUGUAUUCGUUUAACCCAUAAGGAAGAAAUGGUAUCUGAUGUUCUUCAAUCGUUGGAACUUUUAAAAGCGUUGCCACUAGAGGUCAUCAAUGCCGUAGGUGAACAAAUGAUGGCCGGGAUUCUCAACCUUAUCAAAUCAGAUGCUUCUUACAUAAGAGGAAAAGCUCCUUGGGAAACUGUAUUUUAUUUACUUGGUGCGACAUCAAAUCACCCACAAGCAUCAAGAUAUUCUUUUGAGACAAUCGCAUGUCUUGUUGGUGAACACAAGAAUAUUAGCAUUCAUAAUUUCAGUGAAAGUGUUGAACUCUUAACAGAGUUUGCAUCAGCUGCUACUUUUACAGGAGAAAGUGAAAUGCAUAACGAUAAUAACAAAAACUCAAGGCUCCGUAUUUCUAAAACGCAAUCAGCUAUCAUCGAAAGAGCUCGUAGAGCUGUAGAACUAUUAUACCAACUGUAUGUUGAGAUCCCAAAGCUAUUAAAUGAUUCUGAAGCAUCUCCCGGUGAAGCUUGGUCUACUUAUUGGCUCCCUAUAUUGACUGGCUUAAGUCAACAAUGUUACAAUCCUUGCCGUGAUGUGAGGCAAUAUGCUAUAACCUAUCUUCAGCGGGCUUUACUUGAUCCAGAACUGGUAUCACAUGGGGUUACAGAAUGGGUAGUCAUAUUUGACGUCGUUCUAUUUCCAUUGUUAGAUCAACUUUUAAAGCCGGAAAUCUUUGAAGCUGAUCCUGUCGGUAUGGAAGAGACUCGAAUGAGGGCGUCUGCAUUAUUAUGCAAAAUUUUUUUGCAUUACUUGAAUAAACUUGCUGAGUGGGGAGGAUUAACGUCGUUAUGGUCACAAAUAUUGGACAUAAUGGAACGUUAUAUGGAUAAUGGUGAAAAUGAGUCAUUGAUGGAAGCGAUUCCUGAAUCUCUUAAAAAUAUGCUAUUGGUCAUGUCUACAUCCGGGAUCCUUAAUCCUCCAAUAUCACUAAAUGAAACAACCACCACUCUGGACGAAUCUAAUAAAGCUUCUAAUCGAGCUCCAAUAGAAUUAUGGAAUAUCACUUGGACAAAAAUAGAUAAGUUUUUACCAAAACUAAAAGAUGAACUUUUUCCUUCAACUUCGUCUUCGAAUCCAUUAUCAUCGUUACCUGACAACAAUCUGUCUCAAGAAUCGACUUCUGAAAAUAAUGUGCAAUCGGGGUUCGAAAUCAUUGAUCAGCAUGUACAAGAUGAUAUUGCCAAUGAGUCAUCUUCCUCCUCGGCUGCUCCAAAACCAGAAAAAGUUGAGGCUGCUGAAUUAGAAAAAACUAGAGAACCAACCACAAUUGAAGUAGUAGUUAAUACAAAUACUAGUAUAUCAGAUGAUGUAAUAAUUGUUUAG